AAUACGUGAGUUGGGUUGUUUUUAAGCUCAACUAUCGUCGUGGUUAACUUAAUACGAGAAAUGUGUCGUCAGUGUUAUUAGCUUACUGAAUUCAGCUUGUUUAAACUGUAACAUCAUGAGUUCGCUGUCAUGGUUGGAAUAUCUGAUCAGCUCUGCACUGACAUCUUCAAACAUAGUGCCGUUAGUUGUAUUUGCCUUAGUGUUUUAUCUGGUUAAUUUUUAUCAGAAGCAGCGGGGCAAAUAUAGAAAUAUCCCUCCAGGUCCGAAGCCAUGGCCGGUUGUUGGCAACUUCGGGGGCUUGUUGAUUCCCUCUUUUAUUAUGAGGAGGCUUGGGCAGCAGCCACACAACACUGGCAUACACGUCAUAGAUGUUUUAACAUCACAAACCAACUUUUACGGUAACAUAUACAGCCUCUUUGUUGGAAGUCAGUUGGUCGUUGUGCUCAAUGGAUUUGAAGUGGUCAAGGAUGCUUUGUCAAACCAUCCAGAUAAAUUCUCCGACAGACCAGACGUACCUAUGGUCUCCAUCAUAACUAAACGCAAAGGGAUAGUCUUUGCACCUUAUGGGCCAGUGUGGAGCAAGCAGCGAAAGUUCUGCCAUGCCACGCUCCGAAACUUUGGCCUGGGCAAGUUGAGUUUGGAGCCUUGCAUCCAACAAGGCCUGACCAACAUCAAAGCAGAGCUGCUGCGAUUGAGCAAGGCAUGCAGCGGCGCUGGUGUAGACCUGAGUCCACUGAUCAGCAACGCCGUGUCAAACGUCAUCUGCUCGCUAGUCCUGGGUCAGCGCUUCCAUCAUGAGGAUCACGAGUUCCGCACCUUGCUGGGCCUGAUGGCGCGUGGGCUGGAGAUCUCCAUGAACUUUCCUGUAGUCUUCAUCAACAUCUUUCCACUGCUCUACUAUUUGCCUCUUGGGGUUUUCAAGGAAUUAAGGCAGGUGGAAAGAGACAUCACAGUGUUCCUGAAGAGGAUUAUUGCAAAUCACCGUGAGACAUUAGAUCCCGACAAUCCGAGGGAUCUUAUAGACAUGUACUUGAUGGAGAUGUUGGCCCAGCAAGCUGCAGGAGAGGAGGACAGCAGCUUCACAGAGGAUUACCUCUUUUAUAUUAUAGGGGACCUCUUCAUUGCAGGCACGGACACAACUACUAAUUCAGUUUUAUGGGUUCUGCUUUAUAUGGCCUUACACCCCGACAUCCAAGACAAAGUCCAAGCAGAAAUUGAUGAGGUAGUGGGAAGACAUCGAGUUCCAUCCCUGACUGAUAAAGGAAGUUUGCCGUUCACUGAAGCCACCAUCAUGGAGGUGCAGAGACUGACUGUAGUGGUUCCACUGGCUAUUCCUCACAUGGCCUCAGAGACAGCAGAGUUCAGAGGCUACACUAUUCCCAAGGGAACAGUUAUUUUUCCCAACCUGUGGUCUGUCCAUAGAGAUCCUACUAUGUGGGAGGAUCCAGACACUUUCAACCCAGCGCGGUUCUUGGACAGUGAGGGAAAGCUGUUCAGGAAAGAAUGCUUCAUACCGUUUGGGAUUGGUCGCAGGGUGUGCAUGGGUGAGCAGCUGGCCAAGAUGGAGCUCUUUCUGACAGUCACCAGUUUGCUGCAGGCCUUCAAGUACAGACUCCCAGAAGGAAAGCCUCCUCCUUCUCUGCAGGGGCGCUUCGGCCUGACUCUGGCACCUUGCCCAUACACUGUGUGUGUGAGUGCUCGUAAUGGGAACAGUGGAGCAGAUUUAAUGUAAGCAAGGUGCUCCGAUAUAUAGGACUUAAGAAAAAUUCAAAGAUGGAUCUCAUGGAGACAAACUUAAAGGUAAAAAGUGAUAUUUUUUGACCAGAGUGAUUGCAUCCUGAAUCAUUUCACUAUUCAUUCACCUAUUGAUUAUACCUAAUCAGUAUUGUGUCUAAAUGUUUCCAUUUUAAAGAAAUCAGCUAAAUAUUUGUGUUUUUUAUGGCUGAUUUAUUAUUUAUAAAUAUACAAGAAAAAAUCUAUCAAGAUAAUCAUGGAAGUAAAGUUUAUAUUUUUCUGCUUAAGAUGGAAAACAUAUAUUUUCAUAAUCACAUGAUGUAUGGCUGAUUACAGAUCUUGAAGUGACCAGAGAAUAUUAGAAUUUUACUUAGCUUCAUGUAUGUUUUAGCUCUGUUUCUCUAAUAUGUUUGCUGUGAAUUAUUUUCUAUUUUAGUACAUAAUUGUUGCAACUCUGUCAGGAAUAUAUAAAGAUAAUAAGGACAUGUUAUUUUGAACAGUGUGAGAAACUUUGUAACUUUAUACUUUAAAACUGCUGCCGAGGAAUGCUUAUACAAGUGGAAAUGAAACAACAAUUAUUUUUUUAUACUAAAGCCAAUGUAAAACUGAUUUACUGCUCUAAAUGACAUUAAAUGUCAACAUUUAAAUCA